GAUGCAGUCUUCUAAUCCGUUCUGCUUCAUUGUACAGAUCCUGCUUUGCCUGUGUUCAGCGCCUGUCUGGGCAUCGCCGUUUUCUCAAGUCAUCGUCACAACAACGCUGGCCACGGAAGGAUUUCCAGUUUUUCAAGAUAAAUCCGACGCACGUUUUGGCGUACUCGCGUACUGGCCGCAGUAUGCCUUUACCCGGCGCAAGGAAGCUACCCCAUCGACAUCGACACUAAUCAACGAGGCUUCAAAACCGUGGAACGUCGCCAGUUCUGUCAGUGGGCAUGGAAACAGCCUGAGGAUGCAGUCUUCUAAUCCGUUCUGCUUCAUUGUACAGAUCCUGCUUUGCCUGUGUUCAGCGCCUGUCUGGGCAUCGCCGUUUUCUCAAGUCAUCGUCACAACAACGCUGGCCACGGAAGGAUUUCCAGUUUUUCAAGAUAAAUCCGACGCACGUUUUGGCGUACUCGCGUACUGGCCGCAGUAUGCCUUUACCCGGCGCAAGGAAGCUACCCCAUCGACAUCGACACUAAUCAACGAGGCUUCAAAACCGUGGAACGUCGCCAGUUCUGUCAGUGGGCAUGGAAACAGCCUGAGGAUGCAGUCUUCUAAUCCGUUCUGCUUCAUUGUACAGGACUGGUGGCGGCUCCGUGGCUGCCAUUCAAGGUAGACAAAGGUCCCCCA